AUGUCUAAGGAACCGCACCCGGAUUCUGACGCCCUACUCAAAACUUGUACGGCCAUUACAACUCGUACCGGCCAACCCGAAAGAUGCUCAAGCAGAUUUUCAUAUAAGCCAGGUGACGAGAAAGAUGACCCAAUAUGUUAUCGAUGCAGGGGAAAUUCAGCGUCCAUGAGGGAAUAUGCUAGUAGGCAGACAGGUAAACAAACUUCUCUUUUGAAGGACUGGUUCUGGUUCCAGGCGAACAGACCAAAGAAUAAGCGAUGGACUCCAUUCUGCCGGGAGAAACGAAAUGAGAGGAUCACUCAGAGCACCGGAACUAACAAUCGAGAUCACUCAACCGAUCAAGAAAGACAACCAGGGAUAACAGAGACAGAUAAUUCACAAUUUGAUCAAGCGAUGGUCUGUGCCUCGUCAGCGUCGGGAAACGAAUGGUAUGAGGACUUGCCGGAGAAUCCAGAGGAUUUCGCCAGCCUGGUUGACGCAGCAGCUCAGAUGACCGAAACAACUAAUUUCUAG